CAUUUAGAAUCCGUCUACAAUGAUUCUUACUUGCGCCUAUCGGGUUUCCCUGCCCGGCUGUUGGGCGAUGGCGGCGCUACGCCAGCCCGGAUGUCGGGUGACUGGGGCACUUUGCCGCCGGGGCUGUCAGGUGACGGCGGGGCUUCGCCGGCCCGACUGUUGGGUGACGGCGGCGCUAUGUCGACCCGGAUGUCGGGUGACGGCGGCGCUAUGCCGACCCGGAUGUCGGGUGACGGCGGCGCUUUGCCGACCUGGCUGUUGGGUGACGACGGCGCUUCGCCGGCCUGGCUGUCGGGCGAAGGCGGUGCUUUGCCGGCUGUGGUGUCGGGUGACGGCGGCGCUAUGUCGACCCGGAUGUCGGGUGACGGCGGCGCUACCCCGACCCGGUUGUCGGGUGACGGUGGCAUUUUGCCAGCCCGUCUGUCGGGUGAUAGCGGCGCUUUGUCGGCCCUGCUGUCGGGUGAUGGCGGCGCUAUGCCAACCCGGAUGUCGGGUGACGGCGGCGCUUUGCCGGCUUGGCUGUCGGGCGACGGCGGAGCUUUGCCGGCUGUGGUGUCGGGUGACGGCGGCGCUACCCCGACCCGGAUGUCGGGUGAUGGCUGCGCUACGCCGACCCGGAUGUCGGGUGAUGGCGGCACUACGCCGACCAGGGUAUCAGGUGAAGGCGGCGCUUUGCCGUCCCGGCAGUCUGAUGACGGCGGCGCUACGCCGACCAGGGUAUCAGGUGAAGGCGGCGCUUUGCCGUCCCGGCAGUCUGGUGACGGCGGCUCUUUGCCAGCCCGGUUGUCG